AUGCCAAUCAUUACAAACAACUCCUUAAUUAACUUUCUUGUAGUAAUAGCAACGGUAAUAUUCACUGCUAUUAUUUACAUAAAAUAUAAAUAUACAUAUUGGAAAAGAAAAGGUAUAGUACAACUAAAACCCACAUUUCCUUAUGGAAACCAUGGAAGUGCGCUUCCCAGAGGAAUCGCAUUAGGUAGGUUAGUAAAGGAUUUCUACGAUGAGUUCACAAGACAAGGACUAAAAGUAGGAGGCAUUUAUAUGGGUCUUAGUCCUCAGUUGGUAGUGAUGGAUCCAGAAUAUGCUAAGGAUAUUUUGACGACAGAUUUUCAAUACUUUACAGACAGGGGCAUAUAUCAUAAUAAGAACAGCCCUCUUACCGUGCAAAUUUUAACUCAAGAAGGAGCAGAAUGGAAAGAAUCAAGAACCAAAUUUACGAACAUUUUUACAUCAGCAAAAAUGAAAUAUUUCUUUGAAACUCUAAAAAAAUCCAGUGAAGAACUACGGACUAACUUAAAACAAUUUGUUGAUAAUGAUAAAGACAUGGAUAUAUUUGAAAUGAUAGCAUGUUACACCACGGAUAUUAUAGCUGAUGUUGUAUACGGUAUUGAAGCUGGUAGUUUUAAGCCAGAAGGUUCAAUUUUCCGAAGAAUGGGCACUGAUUUAUUUGGAAAACUUACAUUAUUGGAACAGUUUAGUUUGUUUCUUACGAUCUGCUAUCCAAAAAUAGCAAAAAUAUUAAACAUAAGUCAAAUUCAAAACGAAAUUGGAAAAUUUUUUAUUAAAUUAUUUAAGGACGCCAUGGAGCAUAGAGAAGCAAACGGCAUUAAAAGGGCUGAUUUUCUGGAAUUGUUAAUAGAAAUGAAAAAGGCUGGAGUAAAGAUGACGGACGAAGAGAUGGGUGCUCAGGCAUUCCUGUUCUUCGGAGCUGGAUUUGAAACAUCAUCGAUGUCUUCAGCUUUAACACUUUUGGAGCUUGCUCUACACCAAGAUAUUCAAGACAAAGUUAGAGAAGAAAUUCAUGCUGUUUUAAAAAGGCACAAUGGUCAAAUAUCUUAUGAAAUGUUAAAAGAAGUGCCUCUUUUGGACAAAGCUUUUAACGAAACCGUAAGAAAAUAUCCACCUCUAAGUGCACUAAACAGGGUUUGUGUCAAAGACUACAAAUUUAGAAACAGCGACAUUGUGAUCGAAAAGGGUACUCCGGUUAUUCUUCCUGUUAUAGGAUAUCAAACAAAUCCAGAUUAUUAUCCUGAUCCUCAAAAAUGGGAUAUAAACAGAUUCGAAGAUAAAAAUCAAAAACAUAUAGGGUAUUAUCCUUUUGGAGAUGGACCACGAAACUGUAUAGGAUCAAGAUUCGGCAUUAUGCAAGUAAGAUUGGGAUUAAUAUCUGUGUUACGUGACUAUAAAGUAACGGUUAGUCCCAAUACAGAAGUACCCAUCAAAUUCCACAAACAAACCUUCGUUAACAGUACCAUAGACCGCAUUAUGUUAAGAUUAGAGAGUGUUAAAAAGAAUUAGAUAUUCUAAGAACAUUUUUUAAU